AUGGCCAGCUUUGUGGCCAGUCUAUUUGACCGGACCGCCGCGGUCGCGGGCGCAGCAUCGGGCGGGCAGCCGUCAACGCCGCCCAAGAACAGCUUUGUGGCACCGGCCAUGACGCCGCAGGGAAGCCCCAGCAAGAAGAUGAUGCCGCCAGGAGCACACGAGCUGCCCGAGGCGCACGAAGGCAGGCUCAAGAUGGGAGGCAGUAGCAACGGCUACGGCAUCAACAGCGGCCAGAGUAACGGCAGCAACGGAAGCAACGGAAGCAACAGCAGCAACAGCAGCAACGGCAAGGCCAUUAGCAACAUUGUGGUGCCAGUGCCCAGCCUGUUUGACAAUGCGGUGCGGCUGGGCCGGCCGCAGCUCGGCGGCGGUACAAGCGGCAAAGCUCUGACGCCGACCAAGGGCAGCAGCAAUAUGCUGCCGCCGGGCUGUGGUGGUGGUGGGGGUAGCAGCACAGGCCUCGACGAUCCAUUUGCCACGGACGACAGCAGCGGCCUGCACAAAACAACAGGGGCUAUGAGCGGGGCUGUGGGCCAUCUGGCGAUGGGGUCGUCCCAGAAAGGAGGAGGAGGGAGAGGAGCAAACAAAGAAAACAAGGAUGAGGCGGGCGGCAUGGCGACGCACGGCGACGGGGCGACGGCCAAGGCCAAGGCCAAGGAGAACAUGGUACCGGUGCCACACCACAGCCUAGGCCCGCCAGCAAGACUGCCACUGCCGUCAGAGGUGGCAGCAGCAGCAGCAGCAGCAGCAGCAGCUGGAGGACACCAUCACAACCACGCCGCGCUCUCGCGGCACGAAAUGUACCAGACCAAGGAGCGGCCGAUGAUGGCGACAGUCAAGCGAUUUAACACGUCACGCGGGCUGACGGCCGACGAGCUGGAGAUCCUGAAGCGGCCCAACAUUCGGCGGAUGGUCAACGUGACACAGCUGUACUUUCUCGACUACUACUUUGACCUGCUGACGUACGUGGGCAGCCGGCAGAACCGGCUGAACGCGUUCCGGGCGGAGUUCCCAGCACCACCCGAGACGGACGAGGAGACGUACCGGCACAUGUGGCAGAAGUACGCAGGCCGCGAGCGAGCCAACCUGCGCAAGCGACGGAUGCGGCUGCGUCACGGCGAUUUCCAGAUCCUGACGCAAGUCGGACAGGGCGGAUACGGACAGGUGUUUCUAGCGCAGAAGAAGGACACGCGCGAGGUGUGCGCGCUCAAGGUGAUGAGCAAGAAGCUGCUCUUCAAGCUGGACGAGGUGCGGCACGUGCUGACGGAACGCGACAUCCUGACGACGGCCAAGAGCGAGUGGCUGGUGCGGCUGCUGUACUCGUUCCAGGACGACAAAAGCAUCUACCUGGCGAUGGAGUACGUGCCGGGUGGCGAUUUCCGGACGCUUCUUAACAACACGGGCGUCCUGUCAAACCGACACGCGCGCUUUUACAUUGCCGAGAUGUUCUGCGCAGUCGACGCGCUGCAUCAACUCGGCUACAUCCACCGGGACCUGAAGCCGGAAAACUUUCUGGUGGACUCGACAGGUCACGUGAAGCUGACGGAUUUUGGGCUAGCGGCCGGCAUGCUGUCGCCAGCCAAGAUCGAGUCGAUGCGCGUGCGGCUGGAGCAGGCGUCGGAGACGGCGGUGCCGUUUGGCAAGCCGAUGGAGCAGCGCACGGUGGCGGAGCGACGCGAGGGCUACCGGACGAUGCGCGAUCGCGACACAGCAUACGCGAAGAGCAUCGUGGGCUCGCCCGACUACAUGGCGCCCGAGGUGCUGCGCGGCGAGGAAUACGACUUCACGGUCGACUACUGGAGCCUGGGCUGCAUGCUGUUUGAGGCACUGACGGGCUUCCCGCCGUUUGCGGGUGCGACGCCCGACGAGACGUGGCGCAACCUGAAGCACUGGCGCGAGGUGCUGAAGCGACCGGUCUGGGAGGACCCCAACUACUUCCUGAGCAACCGGACCUGGAGUUUCAUCACGACCUGCAUCAACGGCCGGGCCAAGCGGUUUUCGCGCAUCGACGACAUCCUGCACCACCAGUACUUUGCCGAGGUCGACUGGGCGACGCUGCGGGCGAGCAAGGCGCCCUUUGUGCCGGAGCUGGACUCGGAGACCGAUGCGGGCUACUUUGACGACUUUUCCAACGAGGCCGACAUGGCCAAGUACAAGGAGGUGCACGACAAGCAGGCCGCCCUCGAGGACAUGGCCGAGCGCGAAGACGCCAUGCAGAAGGGUCUGUUUGUCGGUUUCACCUUCCGUCACCGCAAGACGGCCGGCGGAGCGGCCGACGAUCUCAAUGCCGGCCUGGCUUCGGUCAGCAACGGCAGGGCCAGCCCGCGGAAGCCGCUGACGGCCGACACGUUUGGGGGACCGGCCGUUUCUGCGUCUGCUUCUGCUUCCGCUCCGGCCACACCACAGACGGCUUCCCCCCCUUUUGGCACGAUGCUGUAG